GAGAUGCAGAGAGAGAGAGAGCUGCAGAGAGGAGGAGCGGGUGAGCGGCUGCAGGUGAUUCCGGGAACCUGCGACCUGGGAGCGGGUGGACUGAGUGGUGGGAGUCGGGGGGUCUCCGGUUACGCACGAGUCGUGGUGUGGGGGUAGCGCGGUGUCCGGUGCGCGCACAAACCAACACACGCGUCUUGAGAGCAGCGGGAGAUGCAUUACGUCAUAGCCUCCCGUCGCCCUAGAUGACCGCGCGCGCAGGACGGGACGAUGCGGGGCUGCGGGACUAGAACGGAAACCGAUUCCGCUGCUGCCCACGAGCGCCCGGUGGCGGAGCCUCGACCGGACGCGGAAGAAGCGGAGCCGCCUUCGCGCGGCCGCCGGCUCUGAUGGCUCCUCGCGCCCCGGGCGAGAACGAGUCACAGCAGUCGCCGCGGCGCGUGAGCAGGGAGCGGGGCAGCGGGCUUGUGGGAAGUGACGUGGUGUCCGCGCCCCGCGAGAAAGCACCACGGUGCGGUUGUCGUGCAUUUCGCAGGAGGGCAGGAGCGGGAAGGGGAACAUGGCCGCGCAGUCGGACGGCGGCAAAGCCGGGGUCGGCGGCGGUUUCGCGCAGCUGUACGAUGUUGACGGCGAGGAGCCGCUGGACUCCGCCGCGAUCCACAUCUGCCAGUGCUGCCGCACCUCCGCCUGCUACUGGGGCUGCCGCUCCGCCUGCCUCGGCUCCCUGCUCGGCGGGGGCCAGCCCCCCGGAGGGCUCGGUAUCCGGGAGUCUCACUGCCCGCCCCGGGAGCAGCUGUGGCUGGACUGCCUCUGGAUCAUCCUCGCCCUCCUCGUCUUCUUCUGGGACGUUGGCACGGACCUGUGCCUGGCGGCGGACUACUACCGCCGGCAGGACUACCUCUGGUUCGGCCUCACUCUCUUCUUCGUGCUGGUGCCGUCGGUGCUGGUCCAGACCCUGAGCUUCCGCUGGUUCGUGCAGGACUACACGGGCGGGGGGCUCGGGGAGGUGGAGGGGCUGAGCAAGAGGGGCGCGGUGGCUCUGGGGUGCCUGUACCCCGGCAGGGACCGCCUGCAGCUGGCCACCAUCUGGCUGUGGCAGGCCAUCAUACACAUCCUCCAGCUGGGACAAGUGUGGAGGUACAUCAGGACCCUGUACCUGGGCAUCAUGUCCCGGCGGCAGAAGGAGUACCAGCGGCGGUGGUACUGGGCCAUGAUGUUCGAGUACGCGGACGUCAACAUGCUGCGGCUGCUCGAGACCUUCCUGGAGUCGGCGCCUCAGCUGGUCCUGCAGCUGUGCAUCAUGAUCCAGGAGAACCGGGCCGAGACGCUGCAGUGCAUCUCCUCCCUGGCCUCCCUCCUGUCUCUCGCCUGGGUCCUGGCCUCCUACCACAAACUCCUGCGCGACUCUCGGGACGACCAGCGUGGCAUGAGCUACCGCGGGGCGCUGCUGCACCUCUUCUGGCGCCUCUUCACCAUCUCGUCCCGCGUCCUCUCGCUCGCCCUCUUCGCCUCCCUCUUCCACAUCUACUUCGGGAUCUUCGUGGUGCUCCACUGGUGCGCCAUGGCCUUCUGGGUGGUGCACGGCGGCACCGACUUCUGCAUGUCCAAAUGGGAGGAGGUGCUCUUCAACAUGGUGGUCGGCAUCGUGUACAUCUUCUGCUGGUUUAACGUGAAGGAGGGCCAGACGCGGUACAGGAUGGUGGCGUACUACACCGUGGUGUUGGCGGAGAACACCAUCCUCACUGGGCUGUGGUACGCCUACAGGGAUCCGGUGUUGACCGACUCCUACGCCUUCCCCGCACUGUGCAGCGUCUACCUGACGUUCGCCGGGGGGGUCCUGGUCAUGAUGCUGUACUACGGCUUCCUCCACCCGGCCACUGCCCACAUGCAGCCGAGCCCCGCCUCCACCUGCUGCGCCCAGCUGCUCUGGGGUCUCCCUCUGCCCCCGUCGGCCCCGCCAACCGCCCCGCCCACCCCAGCCCACAUGACCAAGUCCCAGACGGAAGAGGACGUGGCCGGGACGUGUCUUCCCGUGUUCCAGGUGAGGUCGGCGCCCCCCACGUCCAAGCCAGGAGGGCCGCUCAUAAAGAUCGACAUGCCGAGGAAGCGUUACCCGGCGUGGGACGCCCACUACGUAGACAGGCGCCUGCGGAGGACUAUAAACAUCCUGCAGUACAUAACGCCAGCUGCCGUGGGCAUUCGCUACCGUGAUGGACCCCUACUGUAUGAACUGUUACAGUACGAGUCCUCACUCUGACACACACACACACAUAUAUACACACAAGCACAUGUGCCACCAUGAAAAGAUGUUUGUAUACAUGGAUGUUCAGAUUUAGAGAAGAUAUAUAAAAACACACAAUGGCACACUUGGUAUAAGCACACAGACACAAAAGCAAUCGGACACAACUCACACUCACACUUUCCUGACCCACAGACACACACACACACCCCUCGUGGGGACCUCCGACCCGCGAGUCCCACCGGCCACGACUCAACAAGCUGCUUCAGCGCGAGUCCAUCUCUUCCUCUCUCCAUCCCUCCGUCUCUGAUGGCUCUUCCUCUGGCGUCGUUUCUUUUGAUUUCGCACGUCUACGCUCUGCUGUGAAGAAAACAACAACAAAAAAAAUUGAAAAGCGAGCUCAGUUUCCCGUCGGGGUCUUUGACCCCUGCAUGCCGUUUGUGUUGCGUCGCUCACACUCUUCACGGGUUUCGGUAAAAUAAAAAGACGUGACAAAGAAAAGACCAAACGUCACUUUUAAGUAAAAGGAGUUUGUGAACGUGUUGUCGUUAGUCUAGUCAAAAGGUGGUGUAUAUAUUUUCUAUGUAGAGAAGGGAGGCUUCUUACGUACCGUUACGUUGUUGUCGACUGCGAACAAAGCAGUAGAACUCGUCGUGUUUUGACAAAGUUACUGGAAGAUAAUGAUGGGAUGAGACAAGAGGAUUGUUAAAAACUUAAAGAUACAGCGAGCGACAGCCUCUCAAUAGGUUUGGCAGAGUUAGAUAAGAAGAUUGAUAUCGGUCUCAUGUUUGUGAAAAUUGGCCAUUAAACAUUAAAAAUACCUAAAAGUAUUUAAGAUGAUAGAGUAAAUAUAAGUGUUUAAGACUCUCAACUCUCACGCUGCUUUAUGCAUGUGUACCCGAAAAGAAAAGUGCUUACCUGUUUGGACAAUGGCAAAACUGAGAGAAAUUCAAGUUUUCAACAGAGAGAGCGAAUGCGAGACUAAUUCUUUUUGAUCUCUGUCUGCUACAUUUUCCCGUGUGUGAUUUCCUCAUCACGUCGGUCCCAUGGUCACACGGUGCUGCCAAUGAAGCUGAUGUAAAACAGUUUUGUGCUUCAAUUGCCGAGGCCCUCCCGAUGACUUGUCUCCUCUUUGUGCCGCGUCCAGCAUCGCCUCCUCCAAAGCCGCCCACGGCUGAGCUGUGAUGAGUCGCUUAUUAUUUAUUUUUCUGUUUGUUUAUCCCUGUAAUCCAAGCUGUUACAUUGGCAGGCGACAACAAAUGAGCCGAGUUUAUCAGUCAUCAGCCCGUCGACGGGAGCGUCGCUCUGGAAAUCUCGCGCCGUAAUCGGGCCGCGAGGGGGGACAAGGGGUUUGGAAAGUGGUGAAAGAGCCGUUCGAUGCUUCACAACAAGCGGUAGAGCAGGUGAAACCCGGCCAUGAGCCAUUUCAGAUACUCCUCUGCUCUUAUUCCAAGAGGAUUGAGCAGGUGGAGGAGAAGAGUGGAUGAAUUGUGUUAAAAGGGGUAGUUCGACAUAUUGUGUUGUGUUUCUUGUCCAGAUUGGUCAAAUAACACAUUUCUCCAGGUGGACAGCAGGCUGAAAGCUGCUUUUUGGGGUUUUCUGGGCUGAAUUACUCAGAAAAUUACCUGAUUGGAAUCCCUCCUUUUUUAGCUUCUAAUGUCCGAGGAUUUGGUGAUUUUGAGUAAUCUGAAUGAUACAAUACACAUUUUUUUAGAUGUCACCUUCAAAAUGGACUUCCGGUGGUUCAAAUUAGAGUAGCCUAAGAAAAAAUAGCAUUUUCCAACUCUGACAAGUACUCGACUAUCAGCGGACACAGAAAACAGAAAGUGUGGUCAGUGGGAACCAGCUGAUAUCAAACAGAGUCAAGGAGCCUGGCACAAACAUGUUGAAGUAUCCCUUUAAGCGCAAACAUGAACAAGGAGCGAGCUUGCAUUACUUUUUUCCGCGGUGCUAGUUGAUUUAAAAACAAAUAGAUAGCUGCAGACUGGCAAGUAGCUUUAGUGCGAACGCGCGACAGACGCAGCAGUGUUCAUAUGGUGCAACGCGCUCGAGCUCAAGAGUCGAUUGGCUGCUAAUCCCACUUCAUAUGGUGCAAAUAUAAAAAAAACACACAUGUACUUAUGGUGCAAUAAGGGCAGAUUGUCUCUUUGAAUUGAGUACUGCCUUCAGUUAUCGGCCAAGGCUGUGCCAAAGGCUCCGUCCAAACGGACAACUGCUCUUCCUGUCCUGCAGAAGCUAUGCAAGUCUCCGACGCAGGGAGAUGUGCUUAGUGUACAUGCUCACACACACACAAACACACACACACACACACACACACACAUAAACACACACACAGGGUUUUCUUCCGCAGCAGCGAGAUAUGCUUAGUACACACACACAAUUAGAAGUAGUGUAACAACAUGGGAGAUGUCCCUACCUCACCUCUGACACACACACUGACACACUGAUGUCCAAUAGUCCCUCACCCCUUUAUAAUUUGGGAACAAUAUUCAUAUGGUGCUAUUGAGUCAAGCUGGGUGGUUUUUGUAUAGUUGUGGUUACAGUGGUCAGAAGAAUUUAGCCAAAUAUGUUUAGAAAAGUGUGUGAAGAGUGUUUCACAUUAAGAUUGAUCGAAUGGUGUAAUUCAAUCAAUCCGACUCCUCGUGUGGAGAGUGUACGUAAAAAAGCAGCAACACCUUCCGUCCCUGUGGGAAAAAGCAACAAUGCCUUAACCGCUCGACACAAAGUGGAGGUGGGUUAUUUCCUUUGAUGGUUACGUGCAAAAACAUCGGGAAGGUGGUGAUUGCUUUAGGUACACACUCCAAACUGGACAUGCGCUGUACGUUCAGCGUGGGUUCAGGGUGUUGGAGCACAGCCGUCAAGAGGAAAACAGCGUAUCAUGUUAGCUCGUUGUCCUAAAAGCCGAACACGUGCCAUUUAGAGAACACAGUCGGGCAUUUUCAGUUCGUAAUCGUGAAUUUCUUGCAUGAAUGUUCUAGAUUUGAGGGCCAACGUGCUCCUAUAGGAAAAUAAAAGGUUACUACAGAGGUUUGAAGAGUCACAGCUUCGUAUGUGCUUCUGGGUUGUUAGAGGGAGAUUAAUGCUGAGCUCCGAGAGCAGCUGUCCCACCGGAUCCCCCGGCGCUGACCCCUCACCCGCCCCCUUUGCACCUCGAGCUCCAGCCAAUCAGAGAUCAGGUUUAACACAGCCAAAUCAGGUUUGACACAACCAAAAAAACAAUAUACAGUUCCUUCUUUGUAUGGAACCAAUCACGUGUGGCGUUCAGACUCGGUUGUAGCCUCAGAAACUGCAGGUGUCAUCCCCAUUUUUGAUUCAGGUUCCAUCCAAUCCAUGAAUCCAGACUCUGCAGUCGAGUCUGCACGCUGCAAAUGAUGAGUUUCUUCUCUUUAAUCCAAAAACAAACAAACAACCGCAGCCUUAACCCGGCCCACUCUGGAGGAAAUGAAGAUCCAGUCAGUUAUUGUACGGCUACACAUCCGCAGCUAUGCAAGGUUGCAGGCAAGAAAGGUUCUGGGCUUUGGAAAACCUUUACAAAUAGAUACCACAUCACUGUACUCUUGUUUUUAUCAUGACUUUUAGCCUUUGGAGGUGGUUCAAGUGUUAAAUGUGCAACGAUGUAACCAUUUGUUUGAAUUCUUUGUAGGUUUUUCUGUGUUUAUGUUCAUUUUUAUGCUUUUAAUUUAUUAUUUUUCUCUCAAUCAAGUUUGUUGAUGGGAUAAAAUUAGUCAGAAAACUGUGUAAUGCUUCUUGACCUUGGAGUCCAGAGGUCAAGAUUCAUGAUGGAUGCAACCUCCCGACUGAGAAAUGUGCAUCUGAUUGAAAGAAUCCACACAAAAGUUCCAUUAUCAGGGUCUGCAAAGCAUAUGAGGCCUGUAGUUAGGAUGUGUGUGUGAGCAUGUGUGACUUGUGUGUGCGUGUGUGCGUGUCUGUAUUAGUGAUGCUUCAUAUGCGUUUUCUUUAGCCAAAGUUUGACUUGCUUGGUCCAGAGCUGCGAGAGGAGCAUCGUCACUCAUCUUGGUUUCGUAGAACUCGAGGCCCAGACGCUGUUUCUGACCUCAGACCAGUUUCAACCAGAUCUGAGUUCAACUGCAAUUGAAAUCCUGACGUUUGGUUUGGCACAAAUACACAAAUUCUGUGACUGAAGGCGAUUUUCCGUGGUUCGACUCAGAUCUGGUCACUAAAAGCACAGAGCCGGGUCGAAUCGAACCUGAACGUGGACGUACCUGUAAGAUGUACCAUGAGCUUUUACUUUGUCACUAUGUUCUUCAGCUUGAGAAAAAAAGAAAAAAAAAGUAGCUCUAGAGAAUUCGAUGUGCAAAAGUAGCUUUGAUUUUCUGUGGUUGGCCUUUUGAUUGUAAAUACCUUCUUCUGGUAAUCCUCCUAUGUUCCAUGAGUUCGCGUAGAUGGCUCGUUCAAAUGUACCGAUAGUAAAUGUUCUUUCUAAAUAACCCAGAAUGUACGACGAGAGGAGAAAAAUACGGCUUGACUGGAAACUGUGUUUUCGUAGGAGUCUGUGCCAUCGUGUUGUCUUGAGUAUAAGCACACCGAUAUUACAUGUUUAGGCAGGAUGACGUUUUUGGAGGUGAUCUGCCAGACGGCCAUCUGAAGAGAAACUAUCCCUUCAAAAAAUUGUUUAAUUAAACAACAAACUUUUAAAAUGAUUGCGUAAAAGCAUCUUUAAAACUCUCAAAUUGACAUGUUAAAUCUAAUUGGUGAAAUUUGUACAAAUAUUCACCUUAUUCCCUUUGCCGCUUCCGUUAAUCUUUAUAUUUAAGCGUACAAGCGAUGUACAAUUUUUCCAAAUCGAACUCUCGGCAAGAAAUUGAAUGUUUCCCAAACGAUUAUUUUCAAGGUUGCGAGCUCCCGCAAAUUAAAUUCCAUUGGCUUUUCGUCAGCGGCCGUCUGGCUCACACCUCCCGACUUCACCACAGAAACGAUGGCUGUCGUCAUCAACCGUGUUCAAACCGCUCCUGCGUCAGCUCAUUAACAUAAAUACAACAAAAAAAACACCAUUCAGGGAAUCUUCCGCUCUUUGGAGGCAUUCUCAAAUUCACACCGAAUGUUUCCGACCAACCGUAAAGCGACAGAAACCAGAAGCUCUGAUGUCUCUGGUUUGUGUUUUCAAGUACAAGGAUUCUGGGGAAGAGUUGAAUGAUAUUUUCAGUGGCUCCAGGCGGCCAGCGUUAGGAAAUACGUUAUUUUUGUUACAAUACCUCCUGAAAAAUAAAGUCUAUUUAUCUGUGAAGAAACAAAGAUUUACAGUGAUACCGAUACAGUAACUACAUAGAAAUGAUGACAGAUUUUAACUGAUAUAAAAAACGGAUAUAAAUGGAAAACAUGUACAGUCCAUUUGGUUUGGAACAUGAUACAGAAAUGUAUGUGUCAGUAUUGAGUUUGAUUUUAUAUAUUUACCAUUUUAUUACAUUGUAACAUUGUGACUGCUAUGGAGAAAAAAAAAAAAGAAUAUAAAGGAAUAUAAAUUAAUUUUUCCAAA